GAUUUGAACUUAAUUUAGAAGAAGAAUGCAUAGAUCAAAAUCUAUUUAAUUCUUGAAAACAUAAGAGUUGACAUUAUCAUUGAAAGGAACCACCCCACACACACACUCAACACAAAGAGAAAAGUCCAUUACUUUCAAUAUGUAAAACCAAACAAGUUAUUAUAUUAUGCUAUAACAUAUGAAUAUUUGCACAUAUAUUUUAGACAAGAGCAAAAAAAAAAAAAAAAAACAAAAAUGGCAGGGUCUCAGUGCUGUUCUAAUCCACCAACUCUGAACCCACACAGUGGAGAAGGCACCAUUGAACUACUGGGAGGCCUCAAAACCUAUAUCUCUGGCUCUUCUAACUCUAAACAUGCUCUUCUUCUCAUUUCUGACAUUUUUGGAUAUGAAGCCCCAAACAUAAGGUUAGUAGCAGACAAGAUGGCAGCUGCUGGAUUCUAUGUUGCUGUGCCUGAUUUCUUCUAUGGUGAACCUUUUGUAUAUGACAAUAGGCCUCUACAAGAUUGGUUAAAAGAUCAUGGAACAGAUAAGGGAUUGGAAGAUGCAAAAGCAGUAGUUGAAGCCAUUAAAGCCAAAGGUUUUUCUGCAGUUGGGGCAGCUGGUUUCUGUUGGGGUGGUAAUUCAAAUGCCAAGGUUGUUACUGGACUAUCAAAGUCAAAAUCAUCUAUUGCUGCUGCUGUGCUAUUACAUCCUUCCUUUGUCUCUUUGGACAAUAUUAAGGAAGUUAAUGUUCCCAUUUCAAUUUUGGGUGCUGAGAUUGAUGAUUAUGGUCCACCCGCUCUCUUGAAACAGUUUGAGGAGAUCUUAGCUGCUAAACCUGAGGUUGAUAGCUAUGUGGAGAUAUUUCCAAAUGUUGUACAUGGUUGGGCGGUGAGGUACAAUGCUGAUGAUCAAGUGGCUGCAAAUUUGGCUAAUGAGGCCCAUAAGAAGAUGUUAGAAUGGUUUUCUUUGUAUGUCAAGUAGAUAAAAAGGGUUAUUGAAAGAAAUAAAGAUGGCAUCGGAUCUUAAUAGAGAAUAUAACUAUUAGUGUUCAAGUGAUUAGUUAGUGUUUUAUAUCAGAUGAUCCUUAAUUAAGGGGACCUUUUUAGACUUUGUUUUUUUCAAGGAACUAUUUAUAAAUAUCGGUGCAUCGUUUGACUCA